UUUAAAGUCGCAUGACUCGCAUCACUCUCUCAACUCUCAAGACUCAAGUCCUCCAAAAUCCCAAAAUAAACCCUAGGUUAUUCCAGUGCUCUGUCACUCUUUCUUAAUACGACAAUACUCCCAGCUUUUCUCUCAGUUUUCCAAGUCCUAAAAGCAAGCUUUUGCAGGAUUUCUUCUCAAGAAGAAAUUUUGAUCGAAAAAUAUGGUGUUCGGUCAAGUAGUUAUUGGUCCACCAGGUUCAGGCAAGACCACUUAUUGCAAUGGCAUGUCUCAGUUCCUCAGACUCAUCGGGAGGAAAGUAGCUGUUAUCAAUUUGGAUCCUGCCAAUGAUGCAUUACCGUAUGAUUGCGCUGUUAAUAUUGAAGAUCUCAUAAAGCUUAGUGAUGUAAUGGCUGAGCAUUCUCUUGGUCCUAAUGGAGGUCUUGUAUACUGUAUGGAUUACUUGGAGAAGAACGUGGACUGGUUAGAGUCUAAAUUAGCGCCUCUAAUCAAAGAUCAUUAUCUUCUGUUUGACUUCCCCGGCCAAGUGGAGCUCUUUUUCCUUCAUUCAAACGCCAAAAAUGUUAUUGAAAAACUCAUAAAGAAGUUGGAUCUGAGGUUGACUGCUAUCCACUUGGUUGAUGCCCAUCUAUGCAGUGAUCCUGGGAAAUAUGUGAGUGCAUUGCUACUCUCGUUGUCGACUAUGUUGCAUCUAGCACUGCCACACAUCAAUGUUUUGUCCAAGAUUGAUCUCAUCGAGAGCUACGGGAAGCUAGCCUUUAACCUUGAUUUUUAUACGGAUGUUGAAGAUUUAUCUUAUUUACAAUACCAUCUUGAUCAAGAUCCUCGAUCUGCUAAGUACAGGAAGCUUACAAAGCAGUUGUGCGAAGUGGUAGAAGACCAUAGUCUUGUCAAUUUCUCAACCUUAGAUAUCCAGGAUAAAGAGAGUGUUGGAAAUCUCGUGAAGCUGAUAGACAAGAGCAACGGAUAUAUAUUUGCUGGUAUAGAUGCGAGUGCAGUCGAGUUCAGCAAGAUUGCAGUUCGUCCUAUUGAUUGGGACUACUACAGAACAGCUGCAGUGCAGGAGAAAUACAUGAAGGAUGACGAUGUGGAUUUCGAUCAUGUGAAAUGACUGUAAACAUAAUACAUGUAAUUGAAUCAUUUCCGUUUUCCCUUCUUCCAAAAAUUACUUUUUUUAGGAAUUUAUGGUGGUGGGUUUUGCGAAGUUUUCUUGUAGAAAAGUUAUGUAAUCUCAGAACUCAGUAUUGGAAGAAAAAACUUCACUUUUACGGACA